AUGCAGGGCGACGACGACAGCUAUGCUUCGCCCCUCGCCCUCCCCCAGCAUCCGCGCCUACGCCAUUCCACCCUUCCCUAUUCUUCUUCUCUAGCAUCACGUCUGCGAGCAGCGUUGACAGCUGCGACGUUGCGCAGCCAGAUCGACAGAAGCUUGCGACAACACAGUCUUGGCAGAAGCAACAGCAGCAGCCGAUUCCUUGCCAGUUGCGACAGAACCCUCGUAGAACCGGCGCCGCACCUACCGCCGUACCGACCCUUCUUCGGCAAUCUGAUCGCAGAACCACCUUUGUCGAUCAUCUUGUCGAUCGUGCAGGCCAUCUGGCCCCUGUCGUCGGUCAUUGGACGUGGCGAGAGUGCGAGCAGUGGCAGCGGAAGCUCCAGCAAUGGCAGCUACCUGCUGCCCCUGCGUACUUUUAUCCAAGAGACGCUGCGCCGGUCGCGCGCGAGCUACUCAACCCUGCAAGUAGCUCUGUACUACCUUCUUUUGAUCAAGCCUCGUCUGCCCGGGCACAACUUCACAAUGGAGCAGCCCAGCGAUAGCUACGCCUGCCGUGCGUUGCAGUGUGGUCGUCGCAUGUUUCUGGCAGCGCUCAUUCUCGCGUCCAAGUAUCUGCAAGACCGCAACUACUCGGCGCGUGCAUGGAGCAAGAUCUCUGGUCUCGCAACCGCCGAGAUCAACCAGAACGAGACCGCUUUCCUGCAUGCAGUCGACUGGCGCCUCCACAUCACCAACGACGUCUACAACCGUUGGAUCGAUUGUGUGAACCGGUUCAACCCCCCGCAGUUGCCCCCAUCGCCCGGCCCGGAAACGGUCAAGUGCUUCGAGCUGAAGUGUGAGGAAUUCCGUCUGCUCAUCCAGAAGCUGACGCCCUCGCUGGAGAACCUGGACGAGCUCUGCCUGCCGUCCACCUCAAUUGCAAUCCGCCGCCGCAGUUCCUGCCACGUGACGACCGGCAAUCUGUCGCCGAUGUCGUUCUGCUCGUCUCCGGAAGUCAGCAGCCUUUCGUCGACGGAUGUGACGCCAACUGCCACAUCCAAUGUCAUUGGUGCUGUCCCCAUCGUCCUGGAGCCCCGCCCCUUAACACCUGCCGCUUUCACCACGGCGCCCCAAGCUCUCGCGCUUGGUCUCAUGCCCAUGCCCCGGUUAGCUCUCCCGCAGCCGAGCACGUUUGGCGCCCCUGUGCCUGGCGCUAUGGCCCAGAUGCUUGGUGGCAACCGCUCGUCCAUGGGAUUCGCCGUGGCCCAGGCUUCGAACAACGGCUCAACCCACUUUUUGGACCGCUGGCCCGGCUCCCUGACAUCCUCGACCUCGCCUGUCGGCUCUGUCCCUGUGCGCCGGUCGUCUCUGGCCAACUCUGUGUCUACAGCAUCGUCGCCGGAGUCUAUGAUUUCUGAUUCGUCGCUCGUGUCGCGUUGCUCCUCCAACUCCUCUUCUUGGCCCUCGAUGAUUGCGCCGAGCACACAGCUGCCCAAGCUGGAAGCUCAGGCGCGGCAUCGCUAUGCCAAGCAUCAGUGCAGUGGGAGUAGCUUACGCGACAAGAGCAUGCUUCUGAGGCCUACCGUGAUCCCCGUUGUGCACGAAGACGAGGAGGUGUGCAGAUAUGCCACACCGGUCUUCGCGUCGCCGGAGAUGUCUUACACGGUCCCGAUGGGCAAGGAAGCUAACGAAAUCCAACUCCCGCUCGAUCGCCGGUCUAGCGACGUCGACGCGGCAGAUGCCGCACGUGCUCUGGCCGAGCUUCAGCAGCAGACCAUGAGCGACAUGCAGUUCUCGGCGCACCCGCAGCGGCCACGGUCUGCUCUGAAGAGGAGCAGGCCGCUCUCAGUGGACAACUCGCUCCAAGACAAUGUACGGGAGCUUCUGCGGGAGACGACGAUGAAGUUGGAGACCAAAAACGCCAUUCCUGAGCCGUUUUCUCUACCCGCGGUCAGCCAGCUCGUCGACCUCAACGCCAACGUGCCGGUUGUCGACCGGGCAGCCGCCCUCACUGGUAGCCGGAAGCGUCUCUGCCGCACUUCGGCGGCGGUGACGCCAAGAGCCGUCAAGCCUCGCUCAUUCAACACGGAUCUGCAGCAUCCAACUAUGAGCGGGCUUUACGGUCCGGGCAUGUGGGAGGGCCUGGUGUAA